AUUUUCCGUUAUUUGAGCCACAACUGAUCAAAUCUGUCACUUUCUAUCAAUAUGUGGCUUCCCAAAAACACGUUAAGAAUCUGUGGAAAGAUUUAGCAUACGAUAAUCCAAAAUUGGCAAUAUAUCCUCGCCCAAUAAGCCAGGAAUAUAGAUAUUUGCCCCCAUAACAGCCAGCGCCACCUAUCAAAAGUAGGAUGCGCAGAACCUUGGCUGUUUGUCGGAAAUGCUGCGAUUAUGAAGGUCAACGUUCAUUUGUAAAAUACAAAUAUGGCGUCCCCCAAUGGGAAUUUACAUAUUGGUUCCGCGUGGUUUCAAAGAAAAAUAAAGCUAAGACCGCAAAAACGAGGUGUUCAUCUUGUGACCGACGAAAUUCUGAGACAAGUCCCAGAGCUAAAACAGUUUUCAGUGGGAAUGUGUCAUCUACAAAUUCUGCACACCUCUGCCAGCCUAUCACUGAAUGAGAACUGGGACCCACACGUGCGGGAUGACAUGGAGAUGAUGCUGAACAAAAUAGUGCCAGAGGGUCUGCCAUACAAACAUUGUUCUGAAGGACCUGAUGACAUGCCGGCGCACGUGAAGGCCUGCUUCCUAGGCUCGUCGCUCACCAUUCCCGUCACCGACGGCCGGCUAAACGUCGGCACCUGGCAGGGCGUCUGGCUGUGCGAACACCGUAACGAGGCCGGCUCGCGGAAGCUGGUGGUGACGAUAAACGGGUGUCUGCGCGAGGCGGACGGCCGGACGCCGAGCUCGCCACUCUCGCCGCUGGCGUCGACCAGCAGCAGCUAGACGCCACUCGACAGCCGCCCGCCGGCUCCGACUGUAGUGGAUAUUCCAUAACGCCCGACCGGCGCCGCCAGCCUGCCUGCCGCCGCCGCCGCCGCCGCCGCCUGAUCGUGUCCGUCCGGCCGGCGCGGGGCAAACCGAGCGGACGCUGCCAGCCCCCGGCGGCUCGCGGGACGCUGCACUGCAAUAAGGCGCCCGUGGGCGGCCUCCCGACCCUCACAGACGAGCACAGGCACCGACACGACACGCGCACAGACACCCACGGACAGGCACCGCGCCGACGGAGCCGGUGCCCGCCGCGCCGCGCCCCGGCGGUGACGGCGGGUGCAUAUCAGGCCGGCCGGGUCUGGCGCGCCGGCCUGCCCCCACCCGCUGCCGCCCCCGCCCCCGCCCCCGCCCGCCAGCGCUGCCGCCCAGACGCCGCCGCCGCCGGUCACUUUGGUUUGCUCAAACAGUGUACAUAGAGCGAUCGCGCGCGCGCGAGACGACGGGAUGCCGAGGCGGCGGGCGCGCCGGCCGCUAGUGAACGGCGGACGCGCGGCACGCGGCCACACUGCGCACCGUCACGCAUAGAUCAUUAACUAUUUUAUAUUUGUACCUGUUAACAUAGUUGUUUUGCUCGUAUUCAAAGUUUAUGAGCGCCGCGCGCGUUGCGUCGCUCCUCGGCCGUCGGUGUCUUCCAUGUGGGCGGCCGCGGCCGCCAGAGGGGGCGGCACCGGUCCCCGGCGCCGCACGGAUCGCUCUUCCCUCCCCGGUACUUCCUGAUCUCCCCUCCCCUCCCCUCCCUGAUCUUGUAACCCCCUCACUGGUCGGGCUGGUAUGGUCAGGCUCUAUUUUGCUCUUCGUCCAACUGAACUGGGCCUUUCUGACCGGCCUGCCAGGCUUUGUGGCAAGCAGAGCACACGUCCUCCUUGGAGUGGCUUGAUGCUGCCCACACUGGCACUGAAGUAGGUCGUCGGCCCUUCACUCCGACCCUGCCUGUUCCUCCUCUCGCAGGAACGGCCUGGCUCCCACGCUGUCCUGUCCCCUCCCCCCCCCCCCUCCCGGCCCGGCCGCCGCCGUUCCAGGGGGCCGACCGACAGCCGGCCGCUCCCGGGGUAGGGUCAGCUUCGCUUCGAGUGGGAUGUCGCCGGCUCGGUGGCUCCUAUAUGCAUUACACUAAUUGUGCGCGUGGUAGGGGGCGUGCAUGCGGCCAUUGACAUACCAGCGAACGAGUGCAAUUACGCCGAAUAGCGUGGCCGCGCGAUUGUGCAGUUUUCGGGCGGUGCUCUCCGUUUCCAUUUCUUCUUCACGUGUCUUGCCGCCGCGCCGCGCGGUGCUGCCCCGCCGCGGUGUCGGCGAGUUUCGCACAAGCCUGUUGUUUAGGGGAGCGCGUGUGGGUGUGAGUGCGCCCUGUCCGCCGCCGGCCGGCCCGAUGGGUGUGAUUGCGCGCGCCCGUCUGGCGCCAGUACGGGUGGGGGCGCGGCCCCCGCGACCCGCGGCUCGGCCCGCCCGGUCACUGUGUCGCACCGCCGCGCACCCGCGGCGACACGCACCGGCCUUGGCGCCCGCUGGUAGACGGUAGUCUUCCCACUCCCGCGCGCGGGCCGCGCCGGCGUGCCGCGGCGCCGCGUUUGUCUACUGCCGACCGCCGGCUGCCUCGUCGUUCGGACGGAGCCCGGCUUCCCGUCCCGAGCCGUGCCGCUCGGCCGCGCGCGUCGAGCCUCGUCCUUCGGCGCCGCGGCCGACGGCGGCUCGGACGGCUAGUUCGCUUCACACUUCAAAAUGCCCAUCGGUUUGUCUGCUGCCGUGCGUUCCGGCAUCUUCCUUAUCAUGUCUUUUCACGUUCCUAAGUCGCGGGCUGGCAGGGUAGCGAAAAAGUGAUUCGGCCCAGAAGCGUUCUACCCGCAACGUUGAGGAUACGCGAAUCUGUCACGCCUCUGCUUCUCCGACUUAAUCAACAUCUUCCACCUAAGAAAUCGUGGCUUCGUUGGUGACCUGCCGAACUGCGCGCCUGCCUGGACCUCCAGCUGACGGGAGUGGCCCCAUUCCGCCGGUCCGCCCCGCCGUCGUCCACGGACGGGGCGGCGCCGCCGUCCGCCCGCCCGACAGUGAUACGGCGCCGCGCUACACCCAGCUCGUUGACAAAUAUGGGUUCACAGUUUAUUGGACACUUUUUGCAUCUUUGCGUAUCGUGAAGUGAUAUGAAUGUGUUGUAUUAUAUAAUGAUGGGCUAAGAAUUACAAUAAUACAUUGUUGAUUCAUA